AUGUCAUCUCUUGGUUCCUGGAAGAAUGAGACAACCCUGAUCCUGCAACAGGUUGGAUUCCAGGUUCAGAAAAUCUACCCAUUCCAUGAUGGCUGGAACACUGCCUGUUUUGUAAUCCUGGUCUUGUUUAUCCUGACUGUGCUAUCUCUGGUCCUGCUGGCGUUCCUCUAUGAAAUGCUGGACUGCUGUUGCUGUGCCAAACACAAGACAGUAAAAGAUCUAGAGAAUGAGCCAAACCCAGUCAGAGCUCUAAUGAGCAGCAUGAAAAAGCGGAAAAACUGA